GGAGCCUCCAGCUCCGCCCCGCCGCCGGCCUCCGUCGGCGCGAUGGGGCCGCGCUGGCUGCUGCUCGCCGCCCUCCUGCGAGCCGCGGGCGGCCGGGAUUAUUCAUUGCCUUAUACGCCACAGUUUGCACAAUGCAGAGACCCCAGCACUGAAUUCUAUGAAGAAAGACUUAACAAAUGUUGCAGCCAGUGCCCUCCAGGUCAGUAUAAGACAGAGAGCUGCGGUCACAGUGUGGACACAAAGUGCAGUCCUUGUAGACCUAACACAUAUACAGCCAUCUGGAAUCGGUCUCCUCAGUGCUUUGCUUGCUCACCACCCUGCAGGAAAGGAUUUGUACAGAAUCAAACGUGCACUAAUUCACAGGACAGAAUCUGUAUUUGCCCACGCAAUGAGUACUGUAUUUCAAAAAUAUACCAGAACUGCCAGAUAUGUAGAGUGCAUAAAAAAUGUGGAAAAGGUUACCGAGUUUUCAAAAGAGGAACAGAUAGCACAGAUACAGAAUGUAAACCUUGUCCUCCUGGCACUUUUUCAGAUGAGGAAUCUUAUGAUACCAACUGUAUACCACACACAGUUUGUAAAUCAGUGGCUGUUCCAGGAAACAGCAUGAAUGACACUGUUUGCCGUGACUCAGGAAGAGCAGCUGCCACAGUUCUACCUCACACUGUUGUAAACGUGCUCCCUAUCCAAAGUUCAACUUCCAACAAACCUGACGUAAUAACUCGACCUGUCAUACUAAACUCUGUACCCGACAUGUCUCACAUCAUCGGAUCAGUAACAGGGCCAUUGUUAUUGGUCCUGUUAAUCACAGUUUUGGGAUAUUGCUUAAUCUCAAAAAAAAAAGCCCUUGCAUACUUGCCACCAACUAGAGAAGCAGAUGCGCCUUUUUCCCCUUCAGAGAAGCAGUGUGACAAAAAGAUAAGAAAUACAGGAUCGCAAAACUCCAGCAGCUGUCAACAGGAGGAGCAGCAUCUCUUGGAAACUCCUGGGUCAAGCAGUAGCUCCCUGAAUAAUCCAACUGGGUCUGCAAAAGUCAGUGUAAUAAAUAACAAGAACAAUGAAAAGAAAGAAACAGAAAGAUUUCCACAGCAAUAUUCAGCUGCAGAAGGUUGUAAGCUUCACAGUGGAGACAGACACAACUCUGCAAGUUCAGAACACUCUGGUAAUGGAGGAACACAGGUGAAUGUGACUUGUAUUGUUAAAGUAUGUAAUCCAGAUUGUGGUUCCCAGUUCCCAGAACAGACUAGUUCAACUAGCAUGGAUUAUGGAAAUGUUCGUUAUUAUUCUCCAACAGGGGAAGAAAUUCCCCUUUCAAAAGAAGAAAACUCCUUGAAAAAAGAAACAGAAAUUCACAUCUCAGUGGAAGCCAAGGACAAUUUACUUCAGGACUUUCUUCCCGAAGAAAAGAAGUUUCCUCUGGGUGUUCAAGAUGUGGGGAUGAAAACUGUUUAAAGGAGAUAACAGAUCAUACACUGAUUGACUGAUAAAUUCAUCAGAUAACCCCUUAUCUUCUAAAACAAAUAUGUUAAAUGUAGCAUUCCUACAGAGUCUUGAAAUCUCAUCUGAGUAUAGACAUUUAUUUUUUGAAGUUUUUACUCUCUUCUAUGGCAGCUUUGAGAGUUGAAGGAUCACCAUUGCAGCUUUGAAAAAGUUAUGACUUUUUAAUGCUUUUUCUUUUAAACUGAACGGCCAACUCCUCCCUUUCUUCUGUGAUACCCUGAAAAAACCUUUGCUAGCUUUGAAAUGUUUUUCUAACUUGAUGCCAUUUACUUUUCUCCUGAAAUUUCUUGUGAUGAUAAUUUAGGAUCAGGUGUGCCAUGUGUCAAAAACGUGACUGUGAACACCACUUCUGAGUGACUGGAUUAAAAUUACCAGUC